GCAUGACCUUACAGAACUAUUCUGAGACAACAAUUAAAAUGAAAGUGCGAGGUAAAUACAGUCGUAUACUCCUCUAGACGACUUAACUAAAUCUCAUUACACUAGAUUAUUUGCUCUAGACUGAAAUACUCAACCAACACAAGAUAUAUUCACUUGUUUUAACGUUCACUUUAUAGAUUUAAUCGAUAUCAUUAAGUCAAUCGAAACAUUCAAAAUUGUAACGGAAAAAAAGAGAUUCAUAUUAUCUAAGCAGGAUAUAUGCAAUAGAUGUAUUACCUAGUCUGUUAUCUCUUCUAAUUUAAUGCCUGCAUCUCACAGAGAGUGACAAUAUUACUGAUAACACAUUUUUAACGAGUCCAUUUAUUUCCCAUUUAGCCAUCCGUACUUUUGGUUUUUUCCUCCCAAUUUUUACAACAGUUUCCACACGCAUGCGCACCACUACCAAGCCAUCUUGAUUCAAUGCAGAAAUCUCUUGUCAGGAAAUAUUUCUCAUUGUUUUGUUUAUAAAUACCGGAUUAUGGUUUUAAAUGAAAGAAGAUGACAUUUGACGGACCCCAGGAUGAAUCUAAGGAGUCCAAUACAGCCUUACUUGAGCAAUUCUCUUGCGAUUCGUCAGGAAAUACAACGAUUUGAAAGUGUCCAUCCCAGUAUCUAUGCCAUCUAUGACUUGAUAGAAGCGAUCCAGGAUCCGUUAAUACAACAACAAGUUCGUGAACAUGUUGUUUGUAUUGAAGAUUCCUUUGUGAAUAGUCAGGAAUGGACAUUGAGUAGAGCUGUUCCAGACUUAAAGUUGGGUAUUCUUGGUAGUGUGCAAAGCGGCAAGUCUGCAUUGGUUCACCGUUACUUGACUGGAUCUUAUAUGCAGGAGGAAUCACCUGAGGGUGGUCGAUUCAAGAAAGAAGUAAUGCUGGACGCUCACAGCUAUCUUCUUCUUAUACGAGAUGAGGGUGGUCCACCAGAAAUGCAGUUUACUCAAUGGGUGGAUGCAGUCAUCUUUGUAUUUAGUCUUGAAAAUGAAAUGAGCUUCCAGGCAGUUUACAGCUAUUAUGCCAAAAUGGCACACUACCGUAAUCCUACAGAAAUCCCCUUAAUACUUGUGGGGACACAGGAUGCCAUCAGUGAAAGCAAUCCACGUGUGAUUGAUGAUGUAAGGGCCCGUAAACUUGCAAUAGAUUUGAAAAGAUGUACAUAUUAUGAAACCUGUGCAACAUACGGACUCAAUGUCGAACGUGUCUUUCAGGAUGCUUGCCAGAAAAUUGUUCAGACCAGGUAUCCCCAAAUUUUAGCAUCUGUGAGUGCAGCUGCUGCUGGUAUCUCUACCACUUCAACGUCUGCUUCCACAUUACCAAGCACACCUAAUCAUUCACAAAGGACUUACUUUCAAUCGAAACCUUAUGAUAGCCACAGUACUAGCAGCCAGUCGACCUCCAGUUCAGGGACACUGGUCACCACUACUGGUACACCAAACAGCAGUGCUCAUAGCUUAGCACAAAUAUCAGGAUCUUCUUCUAAAGAUCUGAUGUCUAGAGAGAAAGAUAUGAGAGAAAAGGGUGAAAAAGGUGAUCGUCGACAGAAAGAGAAAUCGGACAGUGGACCACCAUCUACAGAUAUGCAGCUUUUGAAUGUACCACUGUUCAUACAAGAUUCUAAGUUGGAUUUCAGGGUUGCGCCUGGUUCAACACCAGUUGCUGUCCGCAAGAACAAACGAACACCUUCUGUACACAAGUCCAACUCCUUCAGUGGUGCAAGUGACUUAAGGCAGCCUCCCACUCCAUCAAGCACUCCUAUUCUGGGUUGGAAAAACAAAAUCAAAUCUAACUCUUUGACUGGUAAAAUGGAUAAGUUUAUGAUGGAUUUCAGUAUACACAACAGUAGUCCAUUCACGCCUCUUCUGACUAGAAUGGCACAAGUCCGAUCCAGCCUGGUCAUAGACAGACCGGAGGGAAAAGAUUUACCUACACCAAGCAGUACGCCUACACAGAGUAGGAAAAAUCGGCGGAGAUCAAAUCUUUUCAAUAAAAAGGAUGAUGAGAAAAAAUUAGAAACAGAAAAACUAGGAAGUGGUCGAGUUAUACCUAUAAAACAGGGUUAUUUAUACAAACGAAGCCAUGGCUUGAACAAAGAAUGGAAGAAAAAGUAUGUGGCUUUGUUAGAUGAUGGCAGAUUGACCUAUCAUCCUAGUUUACAUGACUAUAUGGAUGAAGUGCAUGGUAAAGAGAUUAAUUUGGUGCGGACGACAGUGAAAAUUCCUGGUCUGCGACCAAAGGGCAGCCGAGGGAUAUCCACCAAUCCAUCUGUAAUGGGGCCAGCAAGUAUGACAACAAAUGGUAAAAGUACCAAAGAGAAAGAAAAUGUUAUGUUAACAGCAUAUGAUGGCCUUCGAGAUGGUCAGCAACGGUUACAGACUAAUAUGGAUGAUGCAAUUGUGAUUUCUAACUCCUCUAUUACUCUUGGAAUUCCAAACGGCAAUGCUGGGGAUUCCUUUUUAUCAAAAUCAGGUGAUAAUAAAAAUAUAGGGUCAAAAACGGAAACUCCUAAUGUGAAGAAACGACAUAGACGAGCAAAAAGUGGAGUUCUGCUUCAGAAUACCAGUGCAACUGACCCAGCCAGUAUUCAGGCUAUUCGCAAUGUGCGAGGAAAUAACUGCUGUACAGAUUGUGGAGCAACCAAUCCUGACUGGGCCAGUAUAAAUCUUGGUGCUCUUAUAUGCAUUGAAUGCUCAGGAAUUCAUCGGAACCUUGGAACCCACCUCUCUCGAGUACGGUCACUUGAUCUAGAUGAAUGGCCGUAAGUAUAGCUUUGUAUUGUAUUUUUAAAUGACUCUAAAAAAUUGAAUUCUGUAUGGGAAGCAAGUCUCAAAGGUCGAUCCAAACCUGGUGUAAAUGCCUCUCGAGAGGACAGAGAAAAGUGGAUUCGAGCCAAAUAUGAGUGCAAAGAAUUUCUCCCGCCCCCACCCUAUGUUGAUAUCCCCCUCAAUCAGCAAUUGAUAGAUGCCUUAGUCCGAGAAGAUAUUAGAAACAUUAUCUUGCUUUUGGGACAUGCACGAGCUGAGGAUAUCAAUGCCCCCUAUAGCAAAGAUGAUGGACGUACAGCUUUGCAUAUAGCGGCUGCUUUAGGCAAUGUCGUUUUUGUCCAACUACUUCUUUGGUACAACGCAAAUGUCAAAGUGCUGGACCAUGAAGGUCGUAAUGCAUUGUGGUAUGCUAGGGGUUCUGGUUCUCCAGAAUGUGUCACUCUAUUGCUCACAAAUGGAUGUCCAGAACAUCCAACUUUACCACGGCGCCGAGGAAGUGUCCAACCGGGCAAAACCGACAUGUUCGACAAGUUACCAGCAAGUGUUAUUUAGUUUUCUUCUCAUCUGGUGGCAGCUGAUAAUUUGGCAUCAGCGGUUUGAAAGAGAAAAUUAUCAAGAGACAGUUCCCCACUAGCUAUAGGGAUCCUGAGUGGGAUAAAAAAUGUCUGAUUACACUGCAGUUGCUUUUCUAAGAGAGACAUUAUGUUGAGCUGAUUGAUUGGUCACCUGUAGCUAGCCUGAUGUUUGAACCUGUUAAUGAGGCUACUAUGUGAAGAGAAUGCCAAAUCUGUUACAGUAUAACUUUGCUCUUCUUUUUCUACUUUUGGGACUAAAUUUCUCUGGUAGCAAAGACAGCAUGAAGCUUAGCAAAUCGGCAUGAGCUCAUAUAUUUACCUCAUUGAGGCAUUCUGUAACUUGCUUAAUAGAAAAGAUUCUUUUUUUUUUUUUCCCCCCCUCAAAAUGGUUAAACUAAAAUUGUACAUUUGCCAUCAACACAUUUUUAAAUUCAUUUCUCAUUUUUUUAUCAUAGACACUCAUUGUUUGAAUAUCACUCGCUUUGGUCAACGGUGAUUUGAAUUUUUUUGUUUUUUUUUUUGUUCUUUUUUUUUUU